CAAAGGAACACAAGAAGGAUUGGAUCUCUGGGGGAGAUCGUCGGCGGAGCUCCGUCAGCAAGGUCAUAACGUCUUAGAAAACGAUCUGCAUCGCUACACCGUUUUCCAUGCAAAUGGAGUGAUAGACAAGAUUCGGACAAGCUUCCACCCGCUACAAAGGUCUGCCUUGGACAUAAAUACUCAGCACCCGAGCCGCGAGACCGGUUUCCUCUUCGUUACACGUACUCUCUCCGUCGCAAAUUCUUUUCUCAAGUCCAACAUCACUUCUCGCUGACAACAUGAAGUUCACGGUUGCAGCUCUCGCCGCGCUCGUCGCGCUGGCCGUUGCGGCUCCAGUCGCCAAACCCGCUCAGCUUGGAAGCCAGUCUUACAAGCGCGAGCCUGAGCCUGCUCAGCUUGGCUCUCAAUCCUACAGGCGCGAGGCCGACCCUGCUCAGCUUGGAAGCCAGUCUUACAAGCGUGAGCCUGAGCCUGCUCAGCUUGGCUCUCAAUCGUACAAGCGUGAGCCCGAACCUGCCCAAUUGGGGAGCCAGUCGUACAAGCGCGAGCCCGAGCCUGCUCAGCUUGGAAGUCAGUCUUACAAGCGUGAGCCCGAGCCUGCUCAGCUCGGAAGCCAAUCCUACAAGCGUGAGCCCGAACCCGCUCAAUUGGGAAGCCAAUCGUACAGGCGCGAGGCCGAGCCGGCUCAAUUGGGAAGCCAAUCCUACAAGCUCAUAGAACCCAUUCCCUUCUGGGCGAAGUGAAGGAGAGGCGGAGUGGUGUUGUUGGGGGCGGUCGGAAGUAACGCACAGGGGGCGAGUUUCUACGGAUUCUGUAGCUUCGUAUUUGCGACACCGUACAGAAUGAAAUGAUGG